GGCAAGACUCCAAACAACAUGGAUGUGGUGAAUGCCUUCCACAUGACUGGAGGAACUGGCCAGACUAGCUACGCAACAAAUUCAUCUUUCCAAAAGAAGGCCUCAGACAUGGUGAAGCAUAUAACCCUAGAAACAGUACAAGAACUCUAUCUCACCACAACUCCAAAGAGCUUGGGGAUAGCUGAUUUGGGUUGUUCUUCUGGACCAAAUACCUUAUCCAUCAUCAAAGAUAUCAUUGAAGCCGUCCGAGCGGCGACUCGAAAAAUCAUAGUUCCACCACCAGAGUUUCAAGUUUAUCUCAAUGAUCUUCCAACAAACGACUUCAACUCUAUCUUCAAGUCCUUGCCAGACUUCUCAAGACAACUAAACAAAGAUAGAAAAGGUACUGAUCAGUCUCCUACUAUCUUCAUAGGAGCUUAUCCCGGCUCGUUUUACGGCAGACUCUUGCCCAACAACUGCCUUCACUUUGUCUAUUCAUCUUACAGCUUGCACUGGCUCUCCAAGGUUCCUCCAGAUAUAUAUGAUGAGAAUGGACAGUCCAUAAACAAAGGUACCAUUUACAUUUCUAAAACCAGCCCAUAUAAGGUUUCCCAAGCAUACUUGAAGCAGUUUCAGGACGAUUUCUCAUUGUUUCUCCGGUUGCGAUCCGAGGAGCUGAUCUCAGGAGGAAGAAUGGUGUUGAUCUUACUGGGAAGAGGAGGUCCUGAUCAUGUUGACAGAGGCAAUUCAUUCUUUUGGGAACUCUUAUCGCGAUCGUUUUCAAUAUUAGUUUCGGAGGGAACAGUCAAGAAGGAGAAGAUUGAUUCUUAUGACGUGCAUUUUUAUGCACCAUCCAAAGAGGACAUCGAAGAUGGUGUUAGACAACAGGGUUCUUUCCAAAUAGACCGGUUCGAGAUGUUCGAAAUUGAGAAGGGAGAAGAGGGGAAUGGAAGCCAUGGAAGAAGAGUGGCUAUGGCAGUAAGGGCUGUUCAAGAAUCUAUGAUUAGCCAGCACUUUGGAGAUGGGAUUUUGGACAGUUUGUUUGAGAUUUAUGGAAGGAUGAUAGAUGAAGAAAUGACUAAAGAAGAAAUUAGGCCCAUUACGUUUGUUUUCGUUCUUAGAAAAUUAUGAAUGUAAUGUACGAGACAAAAAGAGUAGCAAUUUAGAAGUACUUG